GAUGUUGCGAAGACAUCGGCUGCUCGCAACCUCCUGCGAAGCUGCGAGGGGAAAGUUGAGGCGACCUUGCCGCCCUUGUCCGUUCUUCGUGUCCCUGACAGCUUCACAAGCUCAGGAAGCGAGUUUGGAGACAUGGCGGAGCAGCCGAAAACGGCAGCCGUGGAGGAGCCGCGAGAAGCCGAAGGCGAGCCGAAGAAACCCGAGGAGCAGAGCGAAGAGCAGCAAGCUGAUGCACCCGAGAGCCGCUUCAGCUUGCGCUGGAAGUCCCGACCUCGGGCCGGUCCUCCUCGGAACCGCCUGGCGGAGGCGCAGCUGAAGCUUCUGAAAAGCUCCGGCUUCCACUUCCCGAAGAAAAAUGUCCGGCCCUCUCUGAAGCGGCUGCUUCCACGGCGGCCAGCCAGUCCGGAAGGCGGAGGCGAUCCUCCUCCUGCUGCCGAAGAGGCCGAUGCCGAGCUCCCUUCGACGAGGAAGCCGUCACCCGAGAAGUCGACUUCCGAAGCGCAGGCGAAGCAGGAGCUCACACCCCGCAGACGGCUGAGGCUGGAGACGCGGAAAGAAUCGGCGAAGGCAUCAGCCUCCGAGCCGGGUGGCCAGGAGCCGGCAGAUGAUACUGCGGCCCAAGCCCCCGCUUCCGAAGCGCCUGCAGCGAGGCCUUCGCCUUCGCCUCGUCUGCGCCCCGCGGCAGAUGCCGCCAAGAGCAGCAAGCCACCUGCGCAGACUCCUAAGAAGC